UUGGGAAUGUAAAAGGGAAUGAUGAAAGAGCAGAAGAAAAAGUUGUUGGUGAAUGUGAAAGUUCUUGGAAGUGUUGGUCCUAUAAGGUUUUUGGCUAAUGAAGAUGAUAAAGUUUCAAGUGUUAUUAACACAGCUUUGAAAACCUAUGCUCGUCAAGGCAGGAUACCUGUUCUAGGAUUCGACGUUGAUAACUUCAUUUUCUACUCCAUUAAUGGCGGAUUCAACACUUUGAAUCCACACGAGAAGAUAGGUUCAAUGGAUGUAACGAAUUUCUUGUUGUGCAAGAAAGAGCGACGUCCAAUGGAAAAAGUCCAAGGAAGAAGAGAAAGUAAAGCUCGAGCAGGUCAUGGAUGGAAAUCUCGACUUCUUAGGUUUUUAUUAGGAUAAAUGUAUAAAUUCUCCAUAGUUAUAUAUAAAUACUGCAGAUCUAACUCUAGUCGAGUACUGAUUGUUUCAGGACUAGUUCAUACUUCAUAUGAUCAAUGAUAUUUGUAUAAAUAACGA